AUGGCAGGAGGAGCAUUUGUACCGAGUGGAGGAGGAAGACAUCAUGAAGGCGAGGUUACUGCCUUUGUGUUGGUGACAUGUUUUGUUGCUGCUAUGGGAGGUCUUCUAUUUGGUUAUGACCUUGGUAUUACCGGAGGAGUGACUUCUAUGGAACCGUUCUUAAUCAAGUUCUUUCCAUCUGUGUAUAAACAAAUGAAAGAUGAAUCUGGAAGCGAGAGUCAAUAUUGCAAAUUUGACAAUCAACUCCUCACAUUGUUCACAUCUUCGUUAUACCUUGCAGCAUUGGUAGCCUCUUUCUUUGCUUCAAUUACAACAAGAUUGCUUGGACGUAAACCUUCAAUGUUUAUAGGUGGUUUGUUUUUCCUUAUUGGUGCCUUGCUAAAUGGUUUUGCUAUAAAUGUUGGAAUGCUUAUCAUUGGUCGUUUGUUGCUCGGGUUUGGGGUGGGAUACUGCAAUCAGUCUGUUCCAGUAUAUUUAUCCGAAAUGGCUCCAACAAAGAUUAGAGGAGCACUUAAUAUGGGCUUCCAAAUGAUGAUUACAAUUGGUAUCCUAAUUGCAAACUGUAAAGGAAUAACAGUCGAGACGUCAGUGGGGACAUGGUCAGACCAACUUUACCAAGAGGUCUUCAAUUAUCUUGAUGACCCACAUCAAUAUAAUUGA